AUCUGAUUAUAUGAUCUAAUAAAAAGCUUAUUUUAGAUUUUAUGAAUGUUGUAACAAAACAACAUGUAAGACAUUAGGUAUGUAAUGGGUUUUCAGUUGAUGAAUUUACCAUUAUUUUAAGUAGUUAAAUGCAUACGCAUACCCAAACCCUUUUAUUUUAAUAAUAAAAAAAUCUCUUUACAGGCACAAAUGUGCUACAGAGUAAAACUGCAACUAUAAGUGCUUUUUGUUUUUAAAUGUAUGUAUAUUUAUGUUUGCAGGUUUUUAAUUACACGGAGGAAACACUGGUUCAACUGGACUUCAGAAUGAACUCAAGUCAAGAUCAGAUAAUGGAUAUCACUCCUCUUUGCUAUGAGUUUUCAAACACAUCUUGUCCAAAGCAUAUUUAUCCUGUACUUUUGAAGGUGGCCCUUUACUUGUUCUUCAGCUUAGUGGUGAUUUUAACAGUAUUGGGAAACUUGUUUGUCAUCAUAACAAUUUUUCAUUUCAAGCAGCUGCACAUGCCAACUAACUUCCUGGUUCUGUCUCUGGCUGUAACUGAUCUGCUGCUGGGUGGAUUUGUGAUGCCUGCCUGCAUGCUACGUACUGUGGAAACUUGCUGGUAUUUGGGCCCUUUAUUCUGUAAAAUACACGCCAGUGUUGUGAUCAUGUUGGCCACUGCUUCUAUUAUUAAUUUGUCUUUCAUAUCAAUUGACAGAUAUUACGCUGUGUGUAAACCUCUGAUGUAUCACAGUACAAUCACCUCUUUUGUCACAUUAAUAAUGAUUUUAAUCUGCUGGAGUGUCUCAAUUUCAGUUGGCUUUGUAAUAAUAUUUCUGGAGAUCAACCUUCUGGGGGUUGAAGACUUUUACUAUGAAAAUAUUGAAUGCGAAGGAGGCUGUGUGUUAUUUCAAAGCAAAACCUCAAGCACUUCUUCCUCUUUGCUUUCCUUUUAUUUCCCAGGCAUUGUGAUGCUCAGUAUAUAUUUGAAGAUUUUCUGUGUUGCUCAAAAGCAAGCAAAAUCUAUUCAGGACUCAAAAUCUAAAAACAGUGUGCAAAAAAUAAGUAAAGAAGAGAGAAAAGCCACUAAAACUUUGGCCGUAAUUUUGGGGGUAUUUCUGUCACUUUGGACACCGUUUUUUAUCUGCAAUGUUAUUAACCCUUUUAUUGCAUACUCAGUUCCUCCAGUACUGUAUGACGCAUUUGCAUGGAUUGGACUUAUGAAUUCAACCUGCAACCCUAUUGUUUAUGCUUUCUUCUACAAGUGGUUUAGAAAAGCAUUUAGGAUCAUUUCAUCUGGUAAAAUAUUUCAGCCAGGGUCUUCAAGAACUGAUCUGUUUUCAAACUGAAACUGCAUAAAUGUAAUGAAAUUAAAGGGAAUUAAAUUUUCAGAAUUCAGAAUUAUUUUGUCAGGCCAGGUUUUCCAGCCAGGGUCUUCAAGAAUUCAUCUGUUUUGACAUUGAAAACUAUCCCCAUGAAAAAAAUGUCUAAAUGAGACAUUUGUAACAUAUAAACAUUUUAUUAGCUAUACUGAAAAACACUAUAAAAAUAUUUUAAUUAAUAUGGAUAUGUCACCUACAAAUGGCUUAUAUAAUAUGAGCAUGGGUCAGUAGUUUAUCAGGUUGGCUAAAAGCCCAUAAGCAAGAUUUUUUUUUUACAUUUUCUGAUACAGCC